GCCGCCGCUGCCGUACGCUGGCUGCAGGAGAGCGUCCGGAUUCCCUGCUCUAGGUCGCGGCGGGACAGUGCCAGUGGGCGUGUGGGGCGGGGCAGGGCAGGGAAAGGAAGGGCGGAGCUGAGGUGAGGGUUUAAGGGGCCCAGGACUUGGCCGGCGUGAUCUCGGCUCUGCAGACCCUGCGGUGCUGGGAGCCACCAUGGAGAGUAGGUGCUACGGCUGCGCUGUCAAGUUCACCCUCUUCAAGAAGGAGUACGGCUGUAAGAAUUGUGGCAGGGCCUUCUGUUCAGGCUGCCUAAGCUUCAGUGCAGCAGUGCCUCGGACUGGGAACACCCAACAGAAAGUCUGCAAGCAAUGCCAUGAGGUCCUGACCAGAGGGUCUUCUGCCAAUGCCUCCAAGUGGUCACCACCUCAGAACUAUAAGAAGCGUGUGGCAGCCUUGGAAGCCAAGCAGAAGCCCAGCACUUCCCAGAGCCAGGGACUGACCCGACAAGACCAGAUGAUUGCUGAGCGCCUAGCACGACUCCGCCAGGAGAACAAGCCCAAGUUAGUCCCCUCACAGGCAGAGAUAGAGGCACGGCUGGCUGCCCUAAAGGAUGAACGUCAGGGUUCCAUCCCUUCCACCCAGGAAAUGGAGGCACGACUUGCAGCGUUGCAGGGCAGAGUUCUACCUUCUCAAACCCCCCAGCCGGCACAUCACACACCGGACACCAGGACCCAAGCCCAGCAGACACAGGAUCUGCUAACGCAGCUGGCAGCUGAGGUGGCUAUCGAUGAAAGCUGGAAAGGAGGCGGCCCAGCUGCCUCUCACCAGAAUGACCUCAACCAGGGUGGCCCAGGGAGCACUAAUUCCAAGAGGCAGGCCAACUGGUCCUUGGAGGAGGAGAAGAGCAGACUGCUGGCUGAGGCAGCACUUGAGUUGCGGGAGGAGAACACGAGGCAGGAACGGAUUCUGGCCCUGGCCAAGCGACUAGCCGUGCUGCGGGGACAGGACCCCGAGAGAGUGACCCUCCAGGACUAUCGCCUCCCAGACAGUGAUGAUGACGAGGAUGAGGAGACAGCCAUCCAAAGAGUCCUGCAGCAGCUCACUGAAGAAGCUGCCCUGGAUGAGGCAAGUGGCUUUAACAUCCCUGCAGAGCAGGCUUCUCGACCCUGGACCCAACCCCGCAGGGCAGAGCCUGAGGCCCAGGAUGUGGACCCCAGGCCUGAGGCUGAGGAAGAGGAGCUCCCCUGGUGCUGCAUCUGCAAUGAGGAUGCCACCCUACGCUGCACUGGCUGCGAUGGGGACCUCUUCUGUGCCCGCUGCUUCCGAGAGGGCCAUGAUGCCUUUGAGCUUAAAGAGCACCAGACAUCUGCCUACUCUCCUCCGCGUGCAGGCCAAGAGCACUGAAGACACCCUGGUCCUCCCGGAAGGGCAGUCCCACAGGCAGCGGCACCCAUUUCUGGGCCCAGCCACAGGACGUCCGAUGGGAGAGCUUGUCUGGCUCUACUGAUGAUGGAUAGGUCCCUUCCUGAGCCUUGGUGUCCCUGGAAUGAGGAAAGAUUCUCCAUUCGAGAGAAUGACUGGGAGGGAAGAAGUCGGGGCCCUCCUAUUAGAAGCCCAGACUGGAAUUGAGAGGCAUGAUGGGGAGAGACCAGACUGAAUCUACGGGUGAGCCCUGUAACCUGGCUCUAGGGCACAGGCCCCUCCCCUGGCACUUAGUGGAUCUAAUAAAGUAUGUUGAUUCAUUGGG